AUGAAAAGAGUUGCCUUGAGAGCCCAGAAAGGCUCCAAAUUUCCAUCUGUUUGCCAAAUUUGUCAAUUCUCAACUGCGACGCCGCAACACCUCCCCUUGGCACGACUGCCUACGACGACCCAAACUUGGACCUCAAAGAACAGCCCUGCGCUUUCAUUCCCCAGAAGACAUAACCUGUCACCACUAUACCCACGCUUUACAUCGCGCUCCUUCGCCUCAAAGCCCUCCAACCCCGCAUCAUCCAUUCAGCAGAUUGAACAGGAGGCAUCCGCUAUCCACCAGACGGACCGAGUACCCUCCAACGAAGCCGUAGUGGAGCUAUUGCAUAAAUGUCAAAGGCUAGCAGAAUCCCUAGUAUCCUCAGAGAGCGAUCAAACCGAGGGAUCCUCGAACAAAGAAGGCAAUGCGAUCUCCUCGCUAUUGGAUAUGGAGGAGAAAAGAGGCGCAAGCACAACCACCACUCAAAAACGACCAGCCAAUUCAUCACCAACUGUGGACUCUCGACUAGCGGACUCGAUCUCUAAAAUUGUCAACCACCUCCUCAAAGAUGAGAAAGUCUUUAUUUCCCCCGAGGCUCUGGAAAGCUACACGAAGACCCAGACCCUCCUUCAGCGCACAGAGCACUUUCCCGAGAUCUUCCACUUGUACGCCAACAAGCCAGUUCCGGAAGAGAACAGCUCCCCGGUCAAAUUCCUAAAGCCCAAACCCAAGAGCAUCAACAGUGCUAUUCCCGCCGAGCUAGCUGACAUGGCGCUGGACGUGGCUAUCGCGCAGAAGAACCUCUCACUGGUUCUAGCCAUCAUCGAUAAUACUUUCUGUGCACCCGCUUUCCACCGCGCGAAGGUGUUCAAAAAGGCGGCAGCACCCAUUGCUGGUCUUGCCGCUGCCCCGGCUGCAUGCUACGUUCUUGCUUCAUGGGCCGGGACUUUCCAGAAUACCAUGGAUCCUAGCACUGCGACGGGAAUUGCGCUUGCUGCGUCUCUGGCCUACGUCGGUGGUACAUCGUCGCUUGGCAUCAUGGCUAUCAUCACGGCUAAUGACCACAUGGACCGGGUUGUUUGGUUAUCUGGCAUGCCCUUGAGGCAGAGAUGGCUCCGCGAGGAAGAGCGGGCUGCUAUGGAUAAGGUUGCUGUUGCAUGGGGAUUCAAGGAUCCGUAUAUGCGGGGUGAAGAGGUUGGUGAGGAGUGGGAGAGUCUGCGAGAGUUCAUUGGCAUGCGCGGCAUGAUUUUGGACAAGACGGAAUUGAUGCAGGGCAUGGAAUGA